CGGGGCUCCACCCAAGCCCAGGCGGCGCGGAGCCCAGCCGGAGGCAGCGCAUCAGCGGAGCCGCCAUGGGGCUGGAGAAGGAGACGGGAGACACGAAGAUCUUCAUGGCCGAGGACAGCUUCGGGCGCUCCGGCGGCCCCGCGCCAGCCGGCCCGGAGAAGCGGGCGGAGAACGGCCCGUGCAGAGACCCGCGCGGGCUGAACACCCACCUGAAGCUGGGGUUUGAGGAUGUCAUAGCAGAGCCUGCAUCAUCUCACUCCUUUGACAAAGUUUGGAUCUGCAGCCACGCUCUCUUUGAGCUCAGCAAAUACGUGCUGUACAAGCUCCUGACUCUAUUCCUUGCCAUCCCACUGGCUCUGGUUGCAGGAAUUGUCUUUGCAGUACUUAGCUGUCUGCAUAUCUGGAUUGUGAUGCCUUUUGUAAAGACCUGCCUCAUGGUCUUGCCUUCAGUGGAGACUGUAUGGAAGAGUGUGACGGAUGUUCUUAUUGCACCGUUAUUUCAGAGCCUAGGUCGAUGCUUUGCUACAGUCAAUAUACGCCUGGACCAAGAGUAAACAUCAGAGAUACAAUUCUGCUGUAGUCUUAGAUGGUGGUAUACCUCUUUGCUAAUGUAACUUAGAUGCACUUAUCAUUCAUUCCAAAACUGUUAGGAUUAAAAUAGCUGGUUUAAAGUGGGGACACAUUAUUUAAAAAAAAAUCAUUUACUUUCAGGGGAUAAAUUUAAGAUAAACUAGACUAUUUUCAUAUCUAACUAUUUUAAACAAUGUGGGGUAUUUUGGCAACACUUUAUUUUAAUGGUACACUGAUUACCAGAAUGAAGAAAAAUUCUUGUGGAGGUAUAUGUGACCACCACAAUAGUAUCAUAGAAAAUUGCUAUGGCUGGUGUUGUUACUCUGAAUACUAGUGAAAUUAGCAGUGAUGUGACACACUGGGUCAAACUCACUUCUAGAGUUUCAGAGAUGGGUCUGGCCCACUAUUCAGCAUUAUCCAUGGAAGGUUGUAUGCUCAAUUCUCAUUGUCAGCAACAGUAUGGGGAGGGGAAUUCUUUUCUACUGAUGUGCAUGGGUAAUAUUCACUCAGCUCCCAUUACUGCUUUGUAAAUCUUCCAUAUAUCAGUGCAGAAAAGUUCCCCAAAGUUUACCCUUUAAAAUAAGAUGUUAGCUAAUGGUUUGAGACAAUCAGCUAAUCUAUAUAUUUUAUUUAAUGAGAUUUUAACUUUGCUGUAUAUUUUGUAUUUAUGUAAAUGUUUAUCAGUUUUCCUUGAAGCGUUAUUUCUACAGCAUUUGUAUACUUGCGGAAUUAUUAUGCUGAAGAAGUUUGACACUGCAGAAGAUUAAAUGAGAUUGGUGAGAUUUUACUGACUAGAUUACACAGAUCUUUGGAAAUGCUGCUGUGCAAUUCAAGUAUACCAAGUAUAUAUUUUUUUCAUAAUUGAAUGUAAGAGCAGUGCACACAAAUGUUUUCAUACAAGAUUAUGCAAAAAAGUUUGAAAUACAUGUUUGAGAAUUGUUCAUUUCUUUAAUUAAAAACAGGCUGUAAUGAAUGCAGCCUUGCCUAUCUCUGUGUAUUAUCAGCAACAUUGUGAUAUUUAAAAUAAUAUACACUAUUCUGGCACUUUGA